UUGGCUAUUUGGGAUAUCGAUCGAUGGUCUGCCUUUACAUACAAAUAGCAGCAUGCAGUUCUGGCCAAUCUUGUUUUCUAUUCAUGAGCUGCCCCAAGCACCGGUUAUGACUGCUGGCAUCUUUUGUGGAACGACCAAACCCGAAUCUGCAGAAGAAUAUCUUCGUCCAAUGGUGGUCGAAAUGAAUGAUUUGAUGCAGCGUGGCAUAAUCGUUCAUGGAUGUCAUGUCGCCAUAAGACUGCGCGCAAUCGUGGCAGACACUCCUGCGAGGGCAUUCAUCAAAGGAGUCAAGGGACACACCGGAUACGGCAGCUGCUUGAAAUGUACCGUCGUCGGCAAAUACAGUCAGGCAGGACGUACAAUGACAUUUCCUGGUACAAACGCUCCGCAACGAACGGAUAAGUGUUUUAGGGACAAUAAAUACCCUGGACAUCGCAAGACGGAAACGCCGUUGGUGGAUUUGCGGUUCUUCAACAUCAUCAAGGACAUACCAACAGGAGAUCGACUACACUGUGUGGAUCAAGGUGUCGGCAAGCACUAUAUUUUAGGCUUUCGGGAUGGAACGUUGAGAAAGCAACGCUGGACGACAAAACAAUGUGUUCAAAUAUCAAACCAUAUUGAACAGAUUAAUUUGCCGACAGAAAUUCAUCGCAAAAUACGUCCUAUCAAGCAGGCACAUUUUUGGAAAGCGUCGGAGAGCGCGUCUUUUCUUCAUUAUGCUGGGUUCGUAGUGCUGAAACCCCAUCUUACUGAUUGUGAGUACAGACAUUACUUACUGCUGUUUUGUGCUGUGACAUUGCUGUCCUCUUCAGUUUAUAAGGAGAAGUGGCGUUUUGCUGGCCAAUUAUUAAACAAAUUCGUUGAGGACUUUGCAAGUGUGUAUGGUGAACAACAUAUAAGCAGUAAUGUGCACAUAUUGCAACAUUUGUAUGAGGAGGUGGAGCGAUUUCCCAAAUAGCCAAAUUAUCUUAAGCAGCCAAUUUCAGCACGCUAAAGAUCGCUGAUCUAGUACGUCUUUUGCAGUAGAUAAGCAGCGUCAUGGUUCGACGUACCUUUAACCGGGCCUUAAGCAGCUAUCGUAUUUCAAGCCGUUAAAGAAAGUUUUUAUGCGCUUUUUAUUUUCAAGCAAAUCGUCUGUUUUCGAUCGAUAACCGCAAAAAAGUGAAAAAAAUGUGAAUUUUUGGGUAGCGACAUUACCACCGCUUGUAUGGUAUGGCUGUGUGUAUUGAUGAUUUGUUAUCAGAUAUUUUUAUAUCGUAUGUCAGGUAGAUCUGUUAGUAGUGUGAGUGAGUGUAUUUUGGUAUUGCAUCUUUCAUUAACGUCGCUAUUUAUUAUUGAGAAUUGAACAUGGUAUUUCCUGCGUGAAGAGCGCUGCCUUUGUCGUUUGUACCAAUAGUUCUGUCGUUACUCAUCAUGCUCUACCUAGACAAAAAGAAGUUAAGCAGCAAUCAUCGAACAUUCGAAGCGGUAAGGUUUUGUUCCAUAUGUUAUUGUUGUACACUUCUGUUUUUUUCUAACUUUUCUUUUCUGAGGGUUACUCAUCGAUGCUUUGCACAUUUGUAUCAUGCGUACCGAAGCGACAGCGACAAAAAAUCCAACAAACUGUAUUGGGCCUUUGGAACCAGUCUUAGCAUGCACAAACAUGGUGUCGAUCGCUGGAUCAAUAAGGGGAGAAGGGCAGCGAGCGGUGAGAAUAUAAGAGGAACACAGAAUGGAAUGGCACAACAAUAGAAAAUUUUGGCAAGUGGAGAAAAUCGUAAACAAAAAUCCCGGAUAGGAAAGCCUUUACACCCAGCACUUAGUCCGAGUAGACGCAAAAAGUGUAAGACAUUGCAUUGCAAAACUUAAAAGAUGCCGUUCAAUAUCGAAGAAACAGUGGAUAACAGAGAGCAUAAGGAGUUGUUAGCGGUUCCUGUACCUUGGGUCCAGGGAACGAGCAAAGGAACGACGAAUUUGUUGUGGCCGAAUAUACGACAAAAGGAUCGGUUGAAUAAACUGAGCAUGUGUAGAGGAAAAUCACGAAAACAUUUACGACGUGUAUAGAAGUGUCUUCAAAGAAAGGUCGGUAGAGUGUGUGGACAGUGAAUGGAUGGACGAACUGAUUUGCAUCAUCUGGCUGGUGAAUCUGCUAUUAUUGCUCAUUGUGAUAUCGCAUUUCCCUUCUCAUUAAUGCACUAUACACGCCGUUUACCAGUUCACGCAACACAGCCUCCUUUAUUCAGCAUUCAACUAAGACUGGCGGCCUCUCAUCCAUUGCCGUUCCGCACUCACACCACUACAUUCAUACUCAGGAUCCCACACUCAUCAUCUUCUGAACUGGAACUGUCGGAUAUUUGUUCAACCGCAUGAUCAAAGUUUGUUGAUUCUAAAAGAAGAAAUAGAAUAUAAAAACAUAGUCUCAAAAGUAAA